GCGAGGCGUGUUGGGAGAUUGCCCGAUCCCGCCAAUUUGAAAUCAAUGUUGUGAGGAGAGAUUAAUUUCCGACAAGACAUCUUUUAACAUUUUCCGGUGGUUUGGGAUGAUAUUUUAAUUCCCUUUUCAUAAUUCGGCGUCCGCCUUGUUGUUGACGCAAUCGUUCAAGAUGUGGGGUGACGUUGAACUUCUUACAAACGAUGACACCGGCAAUGUUCGUUUGAACCUUGAGACCAGGAAAGAGAGUGGAGCAGCCCUUUAUCAAGUUGAUACUAUAGUUAAAAUAUCUUCUUCAGUGACGGUAUCAGUCUGUCCCGAGCUUCUUGCCUAUAGUAGCACUGAUGGCUGUGUGGUUGUUGUGGACCAGUCAGUACUUAUUAUGGACCAGAUUUGUCAGUCUGUGCUGCUGCAGCUUCAGUUUGAUACUGAAGUGGAUGUAGUGGCACUUUGUCAGGAAGGACAGUUUCUGAUGAUUGGAGAAAGAAAUGGAAAUUUUCAUCUAUUGCAUGUGAAAUCCAGACAAACGCUAUUAACCAAUUCAUUGAUAAAGAACUCUUCGAAAGGGAAGACUUACUUAAGUCUUACUUUAAAGGAAGAAGUCCCUCAAUCAGGUACCUACUGCGUGGCCCUACUAAGCAACAAUGGUUUCUUUUGGGUUUCGUGUCUUCAGCUUGCCAAACUUCAGGAAGCAAUUGAGACAAACGAUUUCAAUGCCAUAAAAAUUUUGAAGGAACAAAUGAAGAUUAGGUUUGUGCAGACUGAAGAUAAGCACACAGCUGGCUGUACCAAUGCAGCGAUCACUGGUUUGAAACAUAAUAUUAAACUGCUUGUUGGGGGUACAGGUGAUAGUGUAUUGUCAACAUGGAACAUGAAUGAUGUCAAGGAAUUGGAGGCCAGUCAUGUUGUUGAUUCAUCCAUAAUGAAAGGUGUUAAGAACUGUCAAGUUCUUGGGGAUACAAUAUUUAUCCUGGAUGACACCUAUUCCCUCAGUAUGUGGGAUGCCCAUGCCCUUGUCAUGGUCUGGUCCUGGCCCUCGGUUCAAAUACAAGAUUUUUUGGUGACUGCAGAGGGCCAUUCUGCUGCCAUUACCAAGCAAGGGAUAGCUAACUUGAAACUUGUGGCUUUGACAGUCCCAGUGAACAAAGAGAUGAGAAACCUUGUGGUUUACUCAUUACCUACAAUGAAACUACUGUACUCUUUGGAAGUGGCAAAUGUUUCGGCUCUGGUUCAAACAGAUGUUGGUCAGGACUCUAUAUACAUUUUGGAAGGACUUUAUGAAAAUCAGAAACGAAAUACUAGUUCAUCUGAAGGAGUCAUUUCCGCAGUUGCAAUGAGAUGUUUAACAGAAGCAUUGCCAGAAAAUAGACUCAGUCGCCUGCUCUACAAGCAUAAAUUCGAGGAAGCAGAGAAAUUUGCUCUACAGUUUGGUUUGGAUGUGGAACUUGUGUACAAAGUCAGGCUUAAUAUAGCUUUGGAGAAUCUAGCCUCGCUUUCUUCAGGAAAUUCUGAUCUAUUAUGGGAGAACAUAGUUGAGGAAGCAAAAGCAGACUUGCGCAAAGUCCAGGACGAUCAAUUUGUAGUUCAAUACUGUAUGGAUGUUCCUUGGCCAACUUUCGAAACAACUUUGGAAAUGUUAAAUUAUGCCAAAAAACAGUGUCUAAAGAAAGAAGAUAAAAAGUCUCAGUAUUUGACUGAGGAGCAAGCUAUGUGGUUGAUAGAGAUUUUACGAGCAGAAGCAAGGCUCACUACUUUUCAUGAGGCAUUUGGACCCAAGAUGUUCAGUGGUAUGGUUUGGAUCAAGUUUGUAAACAAUGAAGACCUUUUUAAUGAUGUACUGUUGCAGCUGCAAGAAGGAAAUCAGAAAUGUGCAGAGUAUAUUUGGUUGAGACACCAGGUGGAGUUUGAAAGCAAAUUUGAUUUAAAAAGACUUCAGAGUUUGCUUGAUUCUAUUCCGGCAACCAUGCCUUCAGGGGAACUGUGCCUCUGGCUUGGAAACGUCAUCAUACCGUUUAUUUUAAGGAUUGUUCCUGAAGGCAAGAAACUUCUGAUAAAAUGGUUGGAGAACAAAGCCCGCAGUCUUGAGCUGACUGAGAAGGCAAACUGGCCAGAAAAUGGAUUGCAGAUGGCAGAACUGUACUUUGUAGCGAAGAAACCAAAUGAACUUGGACUUGUUACGUCUGGACUUUGGAUUCCUUUAAAGGAAAAUAUUGAUUGUGAGGAGGUGAGUCAAUUGAAGACAUUGGUCAAUAAUCUGCAAGAGCUAGUUGAUCUCCACAGAAAGUACAACUGCAGACUGGCACUCUCGGAGUUUGAAAAGGAAACUACAUCAACAAUUGUAUUCCGGAUGUUGGAUAGGGUUCUGGCUCCAGAACUUAUUCCAAAGACUCUUGAAAAGAUUAUACAGCCUUACAUAAUGAAGCAUAAUUUACAGAGGGAAGAACUGCUGCUGCGUUAUAUAAAGGAUUUACUGGAACAAUGUAGCUCGCGUUCGGCCUCGCUGUUUGAAACUUCAUGGGAGGCCAAGGCUAUGGCUGUGCUGGGAUGCAUGACUGAUACUGACAUGAUUUUUGAUGCAGUACUGCAGAUAAUGUAUGGGGCUGUUGUGCCCUGGAGUGAUGCAGUGGAACAGCUUGUUAGAGAGCAUUUGGAAAAGAAUCACCCUAAGGUGAAGCUGUUGCAGGAAAGCUACAGGCUUAUGGAGAUGAAGAAAUUAUUAAGAGGAUAUGGAAUACGGAACUUUGACAUGUUCAAUGACCGCAACAUAAUGUGUUUGCUAAAGUUCAUCUUGAAGCAAGACCUGUCGUCCUCGUUGGAUGAUGCUUUGAAAGUAGUUCAUGCAUACAUACUAACGCCAGUUGAAGUUUACUUUCUGCAUACAACACAUCUGAUUCCUAACAACAAGACAGAUGAAUGCCUUUCUUUGCUGAAAUCUGUUCCAUUGAAGGAAGUAGAAACCACUGUAAUGCGUUUGUGCACUUGGGCGCAGUUGACAAUUGAAAACCAUCCUGAUGAUCCUGAGUGGCAAAAGCAUUUGAUGCCAGUGGCAAAAACAAUGCUGGAGAUUAUUAAAUCUUUACACAGGAAUCAAAAGGACAACACUUUACAAAGAGAAGAAAUUGAAAGUAUUUUGAAUAAAUUUGAAACAAUUGCAAUUUUUCAGGAGUAUUUUGAGAGAUUCAUUUCACUGAAGGAUUGCGAGAAUCGUAAGAUGCUUUUACAAUUGUAUGAUGAACAAGUUCAAGUUUAUGCACGUACUUGGACUAAUUCAAAUUCGAAGAAAGAUGGGGGUCAUAAUGGUGGUUCAUCCACCAACGUGUGGAUUUCUGGAGAAAUGAAGCUUUAUAAACUGUCCCUCCUGUUUCAAAAUUCAGAACAAGAUGUGGUAUCUGAAUUGGCACUGAGGUCACUUGAUGAUGGAAGUGUAGAAAAGACUCUAAUGAUUUGCAGUGAGCUUUACGAAGAUCACAAAAAUAAUCAGACUGGCCAAGUCUUGUUUCGUGUGGCACAGAAAAUGUGUCAGAUGUUGGAAGCUAAUGUUCCUAUGAUAAUUCCAACUGGAAUGAACAUGCCUGCUGUAAUUUAUGAAUUGGCCUGCCAAGCUGUCACCAUCUGCAGCACAGACCUUUUACUUGACUGUGAAGAAUUGUGUAAAAGCACUUGUGCUGCGCUGGAUGUGUACAGACAAUGCCUAGUUGAUGAUUAUGGAUUUAAAACUAAGGUGUCAUCUUUGGAAACUGACAAAGAUCCGUACGAUACGUGGACCUUUGGAGAUUUCUUCACAGAGGACGGCAUUGUGCUUGAUCACGUAUCAGUAAUGCCUGUAAUGUAUGAAAUCACAAAUGCCUUUGUGCCAUUUUCUUCAGAUGUAAAGCUGCAUCCAUUGGAUUGCUUGUGCUUGCCGAUGAGCCCGGAUAUAGAAGGUCAGAACUCUUUGAUGCCGAUUUAUACACCAAUAACCAACCUAUUACAGAAUUUGCAAGAGUACAGCCAAUUACAACUAGCUCUGCAGCUGACCAUCAACUCUUUUGCAAUCUGUCAUCAACAUUUAAUUUCAAACACUAUGAAUUCUGAGCUGAGUAGAAAGGGACAAGGCUUAAAGGAAGUAAAAGAUUUUGUCAUUGGUGUUGGAAACAUGGCCUUUUCCAUUGUCCAGAAGAUUGCUCAAGCAUUGCUGCAUAAGCUGUUCAACUGUCGUGUGGUUGACACUGAUUUAGCCUUGGGCUAUUGCAUAUUAUUGUCAAAGCAGAUUGUGUUUGAGAAGUUGUGGAAUAUCAUCAACGAUGCAUGGCAAAAUUUUAACAAAAUUCUGGCGGUUGCUAUUGUUGGUGCUCAACUGGCUGAUUUACUUCAGGAAGAGGAGCAAAAACAGAAGUUCAAUGCCUUGGUUGUUGAUACAGAGUGGGGUCUGAAGCUCAGUAAACUUGGUAUCUUGUUCCAGUCAACAUUUAGGGACAAUCCAGCAAAGAAAAAAGAAUGUGUCCUUAUUUUGGUGCAGAAUCCGAACGUGGACUCCAAGCUAAUAAUGCAGUAUUGCAGAGCUUUUGGGCUGAACAGCGAUGCUGCACUGCAGUUGUAUAUAGAGACAUUACUUCUACGCGGUACAAAUGGUCAUCUUGGUGAAGGGGAGCCAUGUGAUGUCAAACAGUCUCAAACUACACUUUUGGAAAAAGCCAUAGAAGUCAUGCGGUUACUGACCAAUAAAACUGACCUGGUUAUUAGUUUGAGUGGAGCUUUGCACCAGAUGGAUCCAUAUAACUAUGAAGUCAUUGAAAGUGCCUUAAAAGUUAUAAAAUUGUCCAAUGAAACAACCAUAAAUUAUAACUUGGAUCAGGCCUUGAGUCUCUUGCAACAUCUGUACUCGUACAAACGGAUUUCACCACCUGGGGAUUUUGAACAUCAUUUUCUCCAAAAGCACGCAAUUGAUCUUUCACCAAUGGCUCAGAGUAGGCUUCCCUUUCACCUACUCUUCUUUGAAAACACCCAAAGAUUUUGGAAUGUGAUAUCUGCGGAGCUAAGUGAGGAGAAUUUUGCAACAUUGCUGUUAAUAUCUAAGUUGAUGAAGGUUUCUUUGGAUACACUCUAUAUGAAAGCUGUCGACCAUGUGCUUGCAAAAGCUCUGAAACCUAAACUACUUAAGCUGGCAAAAGAGGGAAGUGUUUCGGCGAUAACAAAGGAAAUAUCUGAGACAAUGCACAAUAUACAAUCAUACCUCUUGGCGAUUACAAAUCCAGAAUGGGCUACUGCCUGUUCCCAUCGUGUUGCCCAGGAACUUCCAACCGGACCUAAUAAAAUCCAAGCCUUAAAAUUUUGUCUACAAAUGUCUGAAAAUUGGUUAAAAGCUACAGCACCAACGGAUAAUGCUCAUCAGAAAGCAGAGAACACACUAAAUAAAUUACGAAUAGUGUAUGAGAAUUCAGCCACAGAAAAUCUUCUGAAAAUCCACAACUUAAACAGCCCUGAGUACUUGAGAUUGAUUAAACUGCCAGCUCAACUGAUUUGCUUGUUGUAUGAGCACAGCAGCAUUGAAGAUCGAUUAAAGCACCCAACUGCCAGAGAUUAUCCAGAUAUUCAUGGUGCAGCAAGUGAACUAGCAGAAAUAAACAACAGGGAUAUAAGUAACAUCAGAUAUGCGUUGCUGGAGAAAUAUUUAUGUCCUCCCACGCAUCUAGAUUUGGAUAAAAAGUCACCAGAGAUAUUUAACAAUGUGCAAGAAGAUCUGGCACUAAUGAGAGCUGUCUACGUACUUCAAAUCUACCCAGUUGACCACAGUGCUAAGUUACUUCUUGCUGUUGCAACAAGUUCAUCUUCGCCUUUUGGUGGAGCCCAAAUGACAUUUGCCCACAGAAGCCGUGCUUUGCAGUGUCUUCUUCACAUUGCAGACAGCGAGACGAUAGCAAGCGUUAGUCAGAGGUCAAUUUCACAAAUCAAGUAUUACCUGAAGUGUUGCAUUUAUUUGGCUGAAUUUGAAAUCUUGAACAUACCACAUACCAUUGAAUCAUUCCAAAGCAGUCCCAAAGAAGGCAUGAUCAAAGGUUUAUGGAAGAACCACAACCAUGAGCCUCGCGCUGUUAGGUUGAUUACUGAGUUGAGCUUGGAGUACAGGGUGUAUGAUCCACAGCUAUGGAAUGGAAUAUUGCAGAAAUUACUGGCUUUUAAUAUGACUGAUUACCUGAGUAAAGUUUUAGAAGCAGUCACUGCAGUUCUGUCUUUAUGGCAGAUUCCCAAUUUUACCAGAGCAUGGCGCAGUGUAAUACUUGCACCUUUCCUUUCAGCCUCGUGUCCACCAAGUCCAAAACAACUGAAAGAUUGCUAUGAAUCAUUUCUGCUCGUGAUCAAAUGUCCUGUUGUACCUGAUCUCGAUUUGAUUGGUAUUGCAAAGCAAUACGUCCAGCUGAAGUUGUCAGCGUUUGCUCUAGGUUGUUUGCUGCUUAUCCCUUCAGCUGAAAAAAAGAAACAACAAAUACAGGGAUUUCUCUUGUCUGUUGAUUCUGUGACCCUUUUGCAGCAAGUUGUUGAUCACAUGACAACGGGAGAGGUUGCAGGAUAUGCAUCCAAGAUUAAGGAGUUGGCGUUGGGUAGCAUUGCAGACAAGAAAAACUACGAGAUGCUUAUUGGAUCAAAAUAUUUUCCUUUUCUAAAGCAAUACAUGAUUGAUAACAAUCGUGUGAAAGAACUGGUGAAUUACCUUGUAAAUAGGAGCUGCCUCAAUGAAGCUAUCUCUGUGGUAACUGACUACUUAAAGCAUGAAGGAAGACCCAUCAAAUCAAAUAUUUCUCUUGAUUAUUUAAAGGAGUUUCUGGAUGAUCAGACGGAAUAGCUUCCUUGACCUUCCUGUGGAAAAAUACGUUGCUCGAAAUUUUUAUUUAUCAUUUUGUCACGUUCUUGUACAUGUUAUACUUAGCAUUAGAAUAUUUGCUCAGUAGUCACGAUAGAAUAUAUUGAAAUCUAUAUGAAUGGGGCAACUAACAAAUGAUAUCCAAGGAGGUUUCCGAUAGCAGGUGGGUAAAUGCACUGACUAGCAUUCGGUGGGCUAUUCAGAACACGAGUCAGAUUUGCACCUAUUCUACGGUGUUUAACAUUCUUAGAUGCGUGUUUGUGUCAGGAAUGUAUAACCUUAUUGUUAUCUUGUGAUCUUCAAUUUGUCCCAUUAGAUUUUGGAUUUUUUCCUUUGUUUCUUAGCAACCUCAUUCCCAGAAUAAGGAAGGGAUAAUCAUCAUUCUUGUUUCUGACUAAAAUCAAGAGACCUUUGGAAAAAUGUGCAAUGUUUGCCAACUCUAUGUUACAAAGUCUGGAUUCGUUUACUGAAUUUGGAUUUCCAGCAUCUGCAGUAUUUUGCUUUGGGAUUACUGGUAGUCGUCAACUGGCAUCUUGAAGUGAGAUGAGAAAGUGGAUUAAUGUGCUUGUAUUCCAUUAACGCAGAUGUUGUUUAUAUAAACUUUAUUUAUAGAGCGACUUUUCACAUCCACCAGUAUACACGUUUUCAGUAAGCAGUAUGUAAUGUCAACUUCUGCGACUUCCAGAGAUUGUUGGAACUGCUGUUAAUUGGAAGAAAUUAUAUUUGGCUACCCAUGUGCUAUAUUUGCCAAAUACAUUACAGUAUAUGGAAACAACAGGAUUAUUUUAAAGUCUCCACACAAUAUUUAAAAGUCUUGGUAUAUCAUUUUUAGCAGCCUCCUCGUGUAUUAAUGACAUAAAAUAGAAGUAACAUGAGACCUUUAUUCAUCCAAACUAUUUAUUGCUCAAAUGCCAUCAAACUACAUUCAUUGUUAAAACUGAUUAACACAAGUAAUCGAGAAAAAAUAGAUUGUUUUUGGUAAACAAAGUUUUUGUAAAUCUCUGUGAUUGUAAGAUUCACAAAAUCUUUAAUAUGCUUGAAUUAAAAUCCACAUUUACUGCUUGCACUGUUUAAAAUUUACAGUGACAAUAAGGAAACAUUUAUUUAUUGAUAUUGACUGCAGUAGGAUUGUGAAAAAUUAAGCUCGGUUAUGAAACAUU